AAGAAAGACAGACAGUGAGAGAGAAAGUCACAGAGCCCAGUCACGGUUCAACGCUACAGUCAGCCCCACCUCUCAAUGCUCUUUCUCUUCUCUAACAAUUUUCAGAGUUUCUCACCUAUAUAAAUUGAAGUAUACGAUUCAUCAAUCUCUGAUCUGCUCUUCUCCUCUUCGAUUCUCGGAGACCGAAUUUCAAAUGCUAUAGCAGACUCAAUUCUUGAAGAAGACUUUGGGAAUUAGAUUCCAGGAGACUUUUUGUGAACUUAGGGUUUGGAAUUUUGAUUCGUAGUGGUCGAUCAUGCUCUCGAAUCACCUGCAAAACGGGAUCGAGACCGCGAAACUCGUGUGGUCGCGGCUCCCGAACUCCGAGGAAACUGAGCAAGAGGACGCCGGGCUCUUGCAGAGGAGCGAUGGGAGCGGCACCGAGAGCCUCGACUACGAAGUCGUCGAGAACUACGCCUAUUGGGAAGAGCAGGAGCAGAGAGGGAAGCUCUAUAUUGGAUAUUAUGUGGUGGUGAAGUGGUUCUUUGCUUUGCUCAUUGGCAUGGGUACGGGAUUAGCUGCUGUUUUCAUAAAUAUUUCUGUUGAGAACUUUGCCGGCUGGAAGUUUGCAUUGACUUUCUCUAUAAUACAAAAAUCAUAUGUGGCUGGGUUUAUCGUAUAUGUAUUAAUCAACUUAGUUUUAGUCUGGUCCUCUGUAUAUAUCGUUACACAUUUUGCACCAGCAGCAGCUGGAUCCGGAAUUCCUGAAAUCAAAGGUUAUUUAAAUGGAGUUGAUAUUCAUGGUGUCCUUCUUUUCAGAACCUUGAUUGGAAAGAUAUUUGGAAGCAUUGGCUCAGUGGGAGGUGGUCUAGCUCUUGGCAAAGAAGGUCCUCUUGUUCAUACUGGUGCUUGUAUUGCUUCUUUGCUCGGACAAGGUGGAUCCACAAAAUAUCAUCUAAGUUCCAGAUGGUUGCAAGUUUUUAAGAGCGACCGGGAUCGCCGUGAUCUUGUGACUUGUGGGUGUGCAGCUGGAGUUGCUGCUGCUUUUAGAGCUCCAGUUGGCGGUGUAUUAUUUGCAUUGGAAGAGGUGACAUCUUGGUGGAGGAGUCAACUUAUGUGGCGUGUCUUUUUUACUUCUGCUAUUGUGGCUGUCGUGGUGCGUACUGCAAUGGGGUGGUGUAAGAGUGGAAGCUGUGGACAUUUUGGCUCUGGUGGCUUCAUAAUAUGGGACUUAUCAGAUGGUCAAGAGGACUACUCUUUUGAGGAGUUGCUGCCAAUGGCAAUUAUUGGAGUUAUUGGAGGUCUACUAGGAGCAUUGUUUAAUCAGCUUACUCUUUAUAUAUCAUAUUGGCGCCGAAAUCAUUUACACAAGAAAGGUAACCGAGUCAAGAUAAUUGAAGCAUGCCUUGUCUCCCUGAUAACCUCAUUUAUUUCCUUUGGAUUACCACUUCUAAGAAAAUGCAGUCCAUGCCCUGAAUCAGAUCCUAAGUCUGGUAUAGAAUGCCCGAGGCCUCCUGGAAUGUAUGGGAAUUAUGUAAAUUUUUACUGCAGCAAGGACAAGGAAUACAACGACCUUGCAACUAUUUUCUUCAAUACACAGGAUGAUGCCAUAAGGAAUUUGUUCAGUGCAAACACCAUUCAUGAGUACAGUGCCCAAAGUUUGUUGACCUUUUUGGUUAUGUUUUAUUCCUUAGCUGUGGUGACAUUUGGUACUGCUGUUCCAGCUGGUCAAUUUGUUCCUGGAAUAAUGAUAGGAUCAACAUAUGGGCGUCUAGUUGGCAUGUUUGUUGUUAACUUUUACAAGAAGCUCCACAUCGAAGAGGGAACAUAUGCUUUACUGGGAGCUGCUUCUUUUCUUGGCGGUUCAAUGCGGAUGACAGUGUCUCUAUGCGUCAUUAUGGUUGAGAUCACAAAUAACUUGAAACUUUUGCCCCUUAUCAUGCUCGUUCUUCUUAUUUCAAAGGCUGUUGGUGAUGCUUUUAAUGAAGGCCUAUAUGAAGAACAAGCACGACUGAAAGGCAUUCCAUUACUGGAAUCAAGACCUAAGUACCAGAUGCGGAAAAUGACAGCAAAGGAGGCCUGUGGACAAAGGGUGGUCUCCUUACCUCGUGUUGUUAAGGUUGCAGAUGUAGUUUCUAUUUUACGGGGAAAUGAACAUAACGGUUUUCCUGUGAUCGAUCACACAAGAAAUGGGGAAACACUUGUCAUUGGACUUAUGCUUCGCAGUCAUUUGUUGGUACUUCUGCAGUCUAAGGUAGAUUUCCAGCAUAGUCCUUUGCCCUUUGAUCCAAGAUCUGGAUCCAGGCCUACCAGACACACUCCAAGUGAAUUUAUCAAACCUGCUUCCAGUAAAGGAAUAUCUAUUGGUGAUAUACAUCUUAGUUCAGAUGACUUGGAAAUGUACAUAGAUCUUGCCCCAUUUUUGAAUCCAUCUCCAUACAUUGUCCCUGAGGAUAUGUCUCUAACAAAGGUAUAUAAUCUUUUCCGCCAACUAGGUUUGAGACAUCUAUUUGUUGUCCCUCGUCCAUCUCGUGUGCUUGGUCUGAUUACACGAAAGGAUUUGUUGAUUGAGGAUAAUGAGGAAUCAGCUACAGUGGAGCUCCAAUCGACUAGUGUAAGAGCCUGGCGUCGCGAUAGAAGCGUGUCCACAAGGAAUGGGGAUGCAGAACGCCCACUUCUCAAUGGUCUUCUGGUCCAAGGUCCUUGAAGACAAUUCUUUUCGCCAACUCCAUUUUUUCCCCAGAAAUCUAAUUAUUCCAUUUUGUCAUUAUAAAUCUAUCAAGCUUUUAGGUCUUGAAUUGUUAAUUGAUUAUUCCCCCCCUUUAAACAUGGGGGAUAUCACGGAUCACACCCAUUUGAGUUUUGUAAUCAUAUACGACUGAGAAAAAUAAUGACAUAGCAGAUCAGUGGACAGUAGAGUGUUAGUACUGGGAUGUGUUACAGAAUUGACAAAAAUCCUGUGCAACCAGGAUUCCUUUUCUAAACAUUAUUAACACCGUUGGUUUUAAAAAUGAUUAUUCAUUGUUGUCCUCAA